GCAAUCAACUCCAUCAAAUUCUACCUACCACUCUUUAAUCUUCCAAUUUCUCUCCAUCCCUCUGUCUCCCAUUUCCAAUCUUCAACAGUUCGUACCAGUUCCGCCUCCUCCAGUCCUUUUCGCCUCUUCCAAUCCAGUGUCAUUUUCUUGAUUUUGUAGGCAUGGGGCGCAAGGGAGGUAACGAUGAGUCUUCCGUAUCGUUCGGAGCUGUACUCGCCGGCCUCUUCUUCGCAGUGGCUCUGUAUUGUGCUACUGAUCCCUUCAAGCACAGUGCAAUCGCUGAUUUCCCUGACUUUGAGACCUAUUAUGUAGAAUUGCCUUCGUGGUCUGAAAUACCGACGGAGAGAGAUAGCGAUAACUUGUUGCAGAAGUCGAAAAUCAUGUUUAAGGAUCAAGUUCAGGGCCCUGAGAGUGUGGCUUUCGAUCCUCAAGGGCGCGGACCCUAUACUGGUGUCGCUGAUGGUAGAGUGCUGUUCUGGAAUGGUGAAUCCUGGACUGAUUUUGCUUAUACUUCGCCUAAUAGGUCGGAGAUUUGUGAUCCUAAACCAUCGAUUUUAAGUUAUUCGAAGAAUGAACAUAUAUGUGGCCGCCCUUUAGGUCUCCGAUUCGACAAGAAAACAGGCGAUUUAUAUAUUGCAGAUGCAUACUUUGGGCUGAUGAAAGUGGGACCUGAAGGAGGCUUGGCAACAUCUCUUUCAACUGAAGCAGAAGGAGUGCCUUUUAAAUUCACCAAUGAUCUAGACCUUGAUGACGAAGGGAAUGUGUACUUCACUGAUACCAGCACCAAAUACCCGAGAAGGAACUUCUUGCAAGUAGUGUUUUCUGCUGAAAACACCGGGAGAGUUUUGAAAUAUAAUGCUACUACCGGAGAAACCACAGUGCUUGUGAGGGAUGUUUAUUUUCCAAAUGGCGUGUCUCUAACUAAGGACGGUUCUUUCUUUGUGUUCUGUGAAGGCGGCAAAGGAAGAUUACGCAAGUAUUGGUUGAAGGGUGAGAAAGCAGGAACAACAGAGAAUUUUGCCCUCCUCCCAGGAUUUCCGGACAACAUCCGAACAAACGACAAGGGUGACUUUUGGGUGGCAAUCCACAGUCGACAUUCUACAUUAGCCAGCUUGGAAGCUAAAUAUCCCCGACUGAGGAAAUUUCUACUCAAGCUUCCAAUAUCCGCAAAAUUCCAGUUCCUGCUUCAUAUUGGGGGACGGCCUCAUGCAGUGCUUGUGAAGUAUAGCCCAGAAGGGAAGCUUUUGCAGAUACUAGAGGACAGCCAGGGUAAGGUUGUCAAAGCAGCUAGUGAAGUUGAGGAAAAAGAUGGAAAACUGUGGAUUGGGAGUGUUCUAAUGUCUUUUGUUGCCGUUUAUGACUUGUAUUAGGUUAUAAUGUCAAAUCAGCAAGUAGGAAUAGCUUUUUUCUUCUUUAGGAAGUUAGGUAUUUACGUUCAUGUUUAUAUGGAAGUAAUAAUUUAGACGUUUGUAAGUUUUUAGGGUCAGUAAUAUUUUAGGUUUAGUAGUACUCAAGAACGAUUAUCGACUAUUGGAAUGAUAACAAGUGUUUUAUUCCGUUAACCCAGUUCAAAUUGAUUAUAAUGAGUUCAUUCA